UCAUCGGCCGUGCAAGCUCGUGUAUCACGUGUCUUCACCGUGGAGCUGCUAAAUGCGAGGUUAUGUAGCGCAGGGUUUGCGAUGAUCAGCUGGUGAUUAAUUAUUAUUGCUCGAUACGGUGAUAUCGAUUUCUACAGCGAAUAUAAAAGCGAAAUCUGCACGACAACCGUUGCAAACGUUCACUCUGUAAGAUCACCCUUUCUUAUCUUUCCUGAGAGAGCAACGUGAAAAAUGUCCUCGUGGAAGAAAGCUGCUAAGGCGAGCCAGAAGACUCAUCGGGAGCGUCAUCAACCGAAAGAGCGCAAACACCUGGGUCUGCUGGAGAAGAAGAAGGAUUACAUCGCUCGGGCCCGGGACUUCCAGGAGAAGCAGGCGACGUUGAAGCUCCUGCGGAAGCGGGCGCUGAAUAAAAACCCGGACGAAUUUCACUUUCAUAUGAUCAACUCCAAGAUAGUGGGCGGCGUCCACCGUGAGAAGGACAAGAAGGAUCAGCACACUCCCCAGCAGAUCCAGUUGAUGGAGACGCAGGACAUCCGUUACGUGGCCUACAAGAGGAACCUUGAAGCGAAGAAGAUAAAUCGGCUGCAGAGCGAGCUGCACAUGAUCGACACGGCCAACGAGGUUCAGAACCAGCACAUCUUCUUCCUGGAUGAUGGCACGGAGAUGAAGAAUUUUGAUCUUGCCAAGAAACUGGACACGCAUCCGACACUGCUGUCCAGGCGCACCAAUCGUCCAAAACUGAGCGCGAUCAAGAACAUGAAACUACCAGAACUGGACGAGAAGACUCUGGUCAAGCUCGAGCAGAAGAAGCACAUGACCUACAAGGAGCUGGAGAAGAGAAUCGACAGAGAACGCGAGUUGACGAUCGUGCAGCAGAAGCUGGAGAUGCGCAGAAUGCUGAAAAACAAAAAGGCACAGAAGCCGAAAUUGAUCAAGCCUGGUUCGAAGGACGCCGCACCUAUCUACAAGUGGAAGUACGAGAGGAAACGGUGAGGGAAAUUAUAAAUUUGAGAUAUAAGGUAGAUAUAAAUGAUAUAAUGUAUUUUAAAUACAAGUGGAUAUAAGUUUGUACAUACAGGAGUUUGUAUUAAUGUCGUAUAAUUAGUUAUUAGCGUAAUUGUAAUAUCAAUACGACUAUGUCAAAUAAAACUUUAGACUAUUUGC